AUGAAGCUCCUCACAGUCAACUUUUUGACAUGUGCUGUGAAAGCCUGCAAAGGAUCACCCGCUGCAUUUCCUCUUCAUUUCCAAGAUGUUGAACUCGAGCAACAAGAUGUCGAUUUCCAGCCCGAAUUCAUCCGUAAUAUUGUCCCUCGGGUUGAUUGGGAAGGACUUCAUAAAAUGGCCAAUGAGGGGGAAAAGCUCAACUUCCCUAAUAUCCCGGAGACCAAGCCCGAAGGCGAAGCACUCAACAAUGAACAGCUGUUGAGAGAUCUUCACCGAUUACUUCUAGAGACCCAAGUUAUAGAGGGAAAGCUAAUUUGCGGAAAUUGUGGUCAUGAAUAUAUGGUUAAAGAAGGAAUUGCAAACUUCCUUCUCCCCAGUCACCUAGGUCCGAGAACGCAACCACCCCCCUUCCCCUCCCCCUUCAACUGA